AUGAACGAUCAAUUCCGAGCGGCUGUCGCAGCUGUUUACGGCAACGACCCUGCGCAGCGACAAGCCGCAAAUUUAUGGCUAGAUGGCUUUUCCAAAACCCCUGAGGCAUGGGGUUGUGCGUUGGCUCUAUUGGAGUCUACAAGUGGCGCAUCGGUAGAGCAGCGAUUCUUCGCAGCCAACUUGUUGGCGUCGAAGACGAGAAGUGACUGGGGUGGUCUUAACCCACAGCAUCGGUCCCAGCUGGCAGAUGCAUUUGGAGCCCUCCUACGCGGCAUGCUCCUAGCCCCAGCGGGGACCUCCAGCCCCGCCGCUGCCGCCUUCCCGCCCUUUUCCCUGGAGCCCCCGCCCCUCCUGGAGCGAGUGGCUCGACUGGCUGCCACUGCAGCGGCGCUGGGUGGCCCCGUCGCAGCGGGGCGGCAUAUGUCAUUAGCGCAGGAGCUGGCUGCAGCGGCGGAGGCUGACAGGACGGGGGAUGAGGCGCUGCUCCGCUGCAGCCUGUUGGUGCUUCAGCUGCUAGCAGAGGAGGCGGAAGCUCUGGACAGUGUCCGUCGUAAGGCCCUGAUGUCCGGGUCCGGCGGUGGGGCUGCGGGCGGUGGCCUCGCUUCCCAGCGAGCGGGUGUGGUGGCGUCAGUGCGAGGCGUAAUGGCGACAGCGACGGGGUCCGGUGCUGCGGCGGGGGCUGGUCACUGGGGUGGUGGCGGCAGCCCCAGCAGCGUCAGCUUUCCGCUGCUCCUGAGUGCCUUACGGUGUCUAUCGGCCUGGGUACGACUGGACGAAAGCGGAUGUGCGGAUGGUGGCAUGUCGCCCGGGGAACUCCAAGCGAUGUCUCCUGGCCUGCUACCCUCGACUCUAGGUCUCCUAGCCUUGCCGCCGCCGGGUCCCCCCGCUUCCUCCCCACUUGCGGUCACGCCAGCUGGCCGACGGCAGCAGCAACCUGCCAUCGCCCUCUACGCCGCAGUCGGGGACCUGGCGGCGGACCUGCUGGGCCCCGGAAGCCGUAUAUGUACGGCAGCCGCCGGCGGUGAAGCCGCCGACGUCGCCGCUGCCGCGGCUGCAUUGGAGGUGCUCAUCGCGACGGGUCCGCAGUUGGCGGCGACGGCCGCCGCGGAAGCGGCAGCGGAAGCCGGCAGAGGUGGCGGCGACGCCGGCGCGGCGCUGGCGGCGCUGAUGGCUUGGGCUCGCGUGGCGGUGGCAGUGGCGGAGCGCAACGCUGAUGAUCUAGCCACCGGGCCCAGGGAGUGUGCCGUACAGCUAGCGAAUUGCGUGGUGGCGGCAUUGGUCGCACGACCAAACCGUCGGGAGUUGGUUGAGACCUGUACGGACUACUUUCUCGCGCUGAACACCGUACCUACUGCGGAACGACAUCCCGCCCUGGCCGCGCCGCUGUACGGCGCCCUGCUGCCGAUCAUUAAGCGCGCGGUGUCGUACCCCGCCAAUUUUGAGGACUGGGAGUCGGAGGUGGAGGAGGACGAGGAGGCGUUCCACCGUCCUCCCCUUCCGGGCAGUGUUUUUUUUUUCGUUUGGGGCCUAAUACCCUAG